ACGGGUGCCACGCUGCGGCGCCUGCUCAGUGCGCCUCCUCCUCCUCCUCCUCCUCCUCCUCCUGUCCCUGCUCCUCCGCUACUGCUGCUGCUCGGAUCCUGGACCAGGAGCUCCUCUGUCCCGUACGUCUGCUGCACCCUGUGCGUGCGUGCAUGCGUGAGCGUGUGCGCGUAUGUGUGUAUGUUAAUGUGCUGUCUGAGUGUAACCUAUGGAUUGACGGAGGCUAUUGUUGUCAGACCGGUGGUUCGUUGUGUCGGAGCUGCACUUUCACCGGAGAAUGCCCCGAGGAGCCGGAGCUGAACCACGAUAUUGACAUGAAGAAAGACAUUGAGACUCUAAUAGCAGAGGAACGUGCUGAUAUCAUCUUGAAAUAUGCUACGGGCAGGCAGGGUGGGGUGGAGAUCGACCCCUGGGAAGAUGCCGACUACAGCAUCUACAAAGUCAUCGACCGCUUCGGCUUCAUGCACGAGGACGAACUACAAGCCCCGACUGCACACGAGGUGAAGUUGAAGCAGCUGGAGAUAGAGAGAGCAGAGAAAUGGCUAAAGAUGGUGAAGAAGUGGGAGAAAUACAAGAGCAGUGACCGGAUGGUGAAACGAGUGUACAAGGGCAUUCCCCUGCAGCUCCGAGGCCGGGCCUGGGCCCUGAUGCUGGAUGUGGAGAGGACUAAGAAGGAGAACGAGGGCAAAUAUGAGAAAAUGAAGGAGCAGGCCCGACUCUACUCAUCCGAGAUCAAGCAGAUCGACCUGGACAUCAACAGGACCUUUCGAAACCAUAUCAUGUUCAUGGAUCGCUUUGGAGUCAAGCAGCAGUCUCUCUUCCACGUUCUCUCUGCAUAUUCGGUCUACAACACAGAGGUGAGCUACUGCCAGGGGAUGAGUCAGAUCGCCGCCCUGCUGCUCAUGUUCAUGAACGAGGAGGACGCCUUCUGGGCCCUGUCACAGCUGCUGACCAAUCACAAACACGCCAUGCACGGAUUUUUUGUUCCCGGGUUUCCUAAACUUCAGAGAUACCAGGCGCAUCAUGAUCAGAUUAUCUCCAAACUCAUCCCCAAACUGAAGAAACAUCUGGACAGGGAGCAGAUGUCUGCAGGGAUUUACAGCACUAAAUGGUUCCUCCAGUGUUUCAUUGACAGGACGCCGUUCACCCUGACCCUUCGUCUGUGGGACAUUUUCAUCCUGGAGGGAGAGAGGCUGCUGACCGCCAUGUCUUACACCAUCCUGAAGAUACACAAGAAGCGUCUGGUGAAGAUGUCCCUGGAGGAGCUCAGAGAGUUUCUGCAGGAGCGGAUCGCUCAGACUUUCUUCUACAGUGACGACGUGAUCGUGGAGCAGCUUCAGGACUCCAUGACUGAGCUGAGAAAAAUGAAGCUGGACCUUCCUCCUCCAGGGAAGCCUGAGGAACUGCCUCGUAAGCCUCUGGGUCAGGAGCUGCCGGUGCUGUUGAGUCCGGUCCAGCCUCCAGAGGGAAGUCGUCCUCAGCCAGCGGGUUCCCCAAAGCUGGUCUGAGCCUCCACAUCAUCUCCCACCAGCCGGACUCCAUCUCCCCUGACCAGAGCCCCUCCAAGGACCCCAAGGAUCUCGACGCCGCGGAGGAGGAGGAGGCCCCUCUGCCUUCCCCAGACCCCAUCAUCAUCCACAGCCAGGCCCCGCUC